UUUACUUUCUAUACCACCAGGUAAACACAAGAGUGACCUAAUGCCUUGACGAUUCUUUACCUGUACUGGUCAGCAAAGAUGCGCUCCACGUCAUCAAAAACGGUGAGCGAGUACAGUACCACUGUAAACAACUUGAAUGAGAACGUACGCACUAUAAACACGGCGUAUGAGUACACUAGUACUAUAAACACGAUAGCUGAGUACGCCAGCACUAAACACAGGUUCAACGAAUCCUAUCCAGAAGAUGUCAAUGAUACACCAACAGUGGACACGACAGUCGCUCGGCAGUGCUCCAGUCCACAGGAUCUGGUGACCGAGGACACGAGGGUCCUGAUCGAGUACGUUCUCUUCCUGGGUACCAUUCCUCUGGAACUUCUCGGCAUUGCUGGCAACAUCGUCAACUGCCUGGUGUUCCAGCGGCAGGGGCUGGGGAACCGCAUCAACCUGUGUCUCUUCUUUCUCUCAGCCUCUGACGUCUGCUUCUUGCUGUUCACCCUUCUGAACAAGUUCUCGCCAGUCAUCGGCUUCUUCGACCAGAAGCUCGCAGAAUUCUGGAGCAAGAGUCGCUACAACAGUUUCUACGGCGUGUACUACGUCUUCCUAAACUUUUCCAGCUUGAUGGUCACCAUCAUUUCGGUCGAAAGGUUUUUGUGCAUCGUGGCGCCGCUCAAAGUCAAGGCUUGUUUCAGCAGCAGGCGCUUGCUUUACAUCCUCGUCGCUCUCUUCUUCUACAUGUGUAGUGUGAUUACUCUGUUCUUUCUGAAAUACUCCACCGUGCAGGUGCGUGACCCCGAGACCAACGCCACCCGCUGGGUCAACGUGUUGUCGUCAUUUUACGUCCAGAAUCGGCUCCUCGUCGACGCCCUCUACAACCACCAGCUCGUCCUCGGCGUGCCCACCCUCUCGCUCCUCGUCGUCAUGGUGACGACGUGCGUGACGGUCACGAAACUCCGUCGCGCGUUAAGUUGGCGUCGGGACACCUCGCUGUCGGAAAGGUCAAGGCCGAGUGACACUUCCGUCACGAAGACGUUGGUCGCAAUCAGCAUCCUGUACGUGACCUGCAUGACCCUUUCAGUAUUCAUAUCCUAUCUCCGAACAUUCAUCCCCGAGUUUUUGCCGGUCGGAAAGUUCUGCAACACCUUCCUGGUAGCCAUCGCCGCCUCUAACGUCAUGGAAGUCGUCAACUCUUCUGUCAACACUGUCAUCUAUUUCACCAUAGGCACGAGGUAUCGCGCUGCCUUCUGGGACAUGUGUCAGUGUUUAUCUGGACGCAAGUUAGCGACAGCUUCAACGAGAGUAGCUUGCAACAUUGCGGUGGUGUCAGCAGCUUUCUCAAAACCUGAUGUCCCACCCGCGACAAGAUAA